AUGUGGCUUUGGUGAGUCAUAUUGUUUCUUGGAGCUGGUUUCCUUCUCAGUAACACGAGGGCAACAACCACAAUAAUAGUUGGCGUUUAUUGUGGGCUUCCUAAGUGCCGAGCCGUGCCCUGGGGCACGGGGCUGGAGAGGUGCGUGGAUUAGGGCUCCUGCCGCCGGAUGCUGAAGGUUUAGUGGAGAAGAGGGACUCUCCCCCACCAAUGCCGCCACAUACCGACAUUGGACAGGAAAGCCCUGCUGAACCGGAAGGAGAAGAAACUGAGGCCUGGAGGUUGAGUAACUCGUCCAAGGUUACCAAGUUGAGGGACAAGGACAGAAUCACCAGCACUGGCUGAAGGUACCUUAACAUGGGGAAUCUUCUUAAAGUUUUGACAUGCACAGACCUUGAGCAGGGGCCAAAUUUUUUCCUUGAUUUUGAAAAUGCCCAGCCUACAGAAUCUGAGAAGGAAAUUUAUAAUCAGGUGAAUGUAGUAUUAAAAGAUGCAGAAGGUAUCUUGGAGGACUUGCAGUCAUAUAGAGGAGCUGGCCAUGAAAUACGAGAGGCAAUCCAGCAUCCAGCAGAUGAGAAGUUGCAAGAGAAGGCAUGGGGUGCAGUUGUUCCACUAGUAGGCAAAUUAAAGAAAUUUUAUGAAUUUUCUCAGCGGUUAGAAGCAGCAUUACGAGGUCUUCUAGGAGCCUUGACAAGCACCCCGUAUUCUCCCACCCAGCACCUAGAGCGAGAGCAGGCUCUUGCUAAACAGUUUGCAGAAAUUCUUCAUUUCACACUCCGGUUUGAUGAACUCAAGAUGACAAACCCUGCCAUCCAGAAUGACUUCAGCUAUUACAGAAGAACAUUGAGUCGUAUGAGGAUUAACAAUGUUCCAGCAGAAGGAGAAAAUGAAGUAAAUAAUGAAUUGGCAAAUCGAAUGUCUUUGUUUUAUGCCGAAGCAACCCCAAUGCUGAAAACCUUAAGCGAUGCCACGACGAAAUUUGUAUCAGAGAAUAAAAAUUUACCAAUAGAAAAUACGACAGAUUGUUUAAGUACCAUGGCUAGCGUGUGCAGAGUCAUGCUUGAAACACCGGAAUACAGAAGCAGAUUUACAAAUGAAGAGACAGUGUCCUUCUGCUUGAGGGUAAUGGUGGGCGUCAUAAUACUCUAUGACCAUGUACAUCCAGUGGGAGCAUUUGCCAAAACUUCAAAAAUCGACAUGAAAGGUUGUAUCAAAGUUCUUAAGGACCAACCUCCAAAUAGUGUAGAAGGUCUUCUGAAUGCUCUCAGGUACACAACAAAACAUUUGAAUGAUGAGACUACCUCCAAGCAAAUUAAAUCCAUGCUGCAAUAACAGUUCUGGAAUAAGCACCUGCUAUGGAAAGAAGAAGACAGUAUUCUGCAAUGGCUGGGAAUGCACAGUUUUUUAGUGAUUGCAAUUACUAUCUCAUUUAUUCUUGCUUUUUAUUUCUUUCCUCUGUUCCUCUUCCCUCUUUUUUAAUCAUGUUCUUGUUCUUAAGACUUCUUUUCUGUGCCAAAAUCAGUAAAGUUAUACUCUGAAAGGAUAGUGUCCUUUCAAACAGGCCAUCUAAGGCAGCUAAUUAUGCAUUGCAUUGGGUCUCUACUGAGAAAAAUUCUGUGACUUGAACUAAAUAUUUUUAAAUGUGGAUUUUUUUUGAAAACUAAUAUUUAAUAUUGCUUCUCCUGCAUGGCAAAACUGCCUAUUCUGCUAUUUAAAAACCCUCAACGACUUUAUUUUCUACUGCCGCUUUUUUCAUGUUCAGCCAAAAUGAAAAUGUUUAAAUUAACUGUGUUGUACAAAAUGGUACCCAACACAAACUUUUUUUAAAUUAGUAAGACUUUUGUUUAAAGUUUUAAGUUUGCAUUUUGACUUUUUUUGUAAGGAUGUAUGUUGUGUGUUUAACCUUUAUUAACUAAUGUUAAGAACUGUGAUGUGUGCGUAGAAUAUUACGUAUGCAUGUUCAUGUUUAAAGAACGGCUGUUGAUGAUAAAAUAAAAAUCAGCUUUCAUUUUUCUAA